UUGCAGGAUUGCUAAACGGCUGCAGUUUUUAGGAAACAUACUGCUGAACUUCUCUUUUAAGGAUGAUCUUUGCAGUCUCCUCAGUGCUUUAACAAGAAGAUGUGUAUUCAGUUCUCCUGAGAACCAUCCCCAAGGUGUAAUUGGCUGAUAAUGACUCCACAAAGAGCAGUGAAAUGAAGGCACUGAUUGUGUGUGCAGCAAAUCUGCCCUGAAUUCCUAAUAGAAGCAUCACACUUCUCUAGAGUCAGCUCUGUUUUAAGCUUACAAGGUCUGGCUCUGCUCCCAGGGAACAAAUAAAAAGUUGCACCUAGGGAGGUUUAGAUUGGCUAUUAGGGAAAAUUUCUACACUGAGGGGGACUGUUUGGUCUAGCUGGUCUGUCAGAGUCGCUCUGCAAGUGAUCAGAGCAUUGGUUUUAGCCUUUCACUGCUUUCUGCUGCUCACUUAUAAAUAAUUGGACACCACCCUCCCCUGACAUUCCAUUAAAGUGACCCUGUUUUGGAGGCUCUGGUGAGUUGUAGCAGCUGAUGCUGUGUCAGCUCCUAGUAGUUCAUGUUGGGCCUCUCUGAAAACUGGGCUCACAGUUUCCUUUUGAACAACUCUGGAGAAAUCACGGUGUAGAAGUCACCAUCCCCGUGGAAAAACGAUUUUUCUUUUCUCAGUGACCAGUUGCAGCAGCAGCCACCCAAAAUCAAAGCCUUUGUGCCCCUGAAUGCCCAGUUUCUGCUUCACCUCAUCCUUAAGGAUGGAAACCUUUCUCUGAGGGGGGAGCUGAGCAAGGAAGUGGAGAAUUGAACCUCUGUCCUCAUGAAGAGGCACCCUUUGCUCUUUGGGUUUUGACUCUUUCUUCCCAUUGCCCCAGUUCUCCUUGGAGUGCUGUAUGACACAGUCCACGUCAGGGACUGCUGCCAGCUCUUCCAGGGAAAUUGUAGGAAACAUUAGAGAUUUUCUUCUUAGAGAGAACCACAAGAUGGAGCAAAAUGAUUCCAGGAGCUCCUGCGUUUGACAUCUCCCUCUUCCUGUCUAAAAGCAUCAACAAGAAAAGCUAUUGGAGACCCACUGUGAAGCUGGAAAAACCUGCCAUGGAAUGCCAGGAUGUGUGGAAAAACUGUAAGGCUGAGUUUCAAUCUGCUGCUGGGCUUUGGAACUUCAGAGUGGGCUGUGCCAAGGUUAAGGGCACUCUGAGCAAACAGAAGAAGUUGCAUGAUCUCUCCUGGCAGUGCAUCUCAGCAUCUUUGCAAUAAUGGAGCUCUUGUAAGAGAGAAAUCUGUUCUGUGCAGCACUAUAUAGUUUUCACCUACAGCCUAAACAGAAAUUAGGUCAGAUGUCUCAUUGAUUGGUUUGUGACUUCACAUAUUCCCUGGGUCAGUGUUCCUGUUUGUUUUCCUGUGUGGGAAUGCAUGUGGUGGUUCUUGUGGCUGUGUUCUGUGUUUUACUGGCCACUGGUAUUCCAGAGGCCAUUGAUUAGGAAACACUGAUAUCCAUUGAUUAGGAUAAGCAGCUGGAAGUGUCACCUCCUGCCACCAGCUCCAGCAGCUGCCCCAUGGCUCACUGGAAGCCUUGGGGCUGGUGUUUGGGCCCCCAGGACUACUGGCCCUUUGCUUGCCUGUUUGUGGCUGAACUGUGCCUCAGCUGCUGCUGCCUCCCUGCAGAACAUCAGAAACUAGAAACUGAUGAUCAGUCCACUAGAUAGGAAAAAAUCUGGUUGUUAUUUUAUCAGCACAUGGUGUACCGGCCUUCACCAGCUUGAAGUGAGGGGCUGAUGCUGAAAAUUGAUUAAUUAAUUUGGAAUUGUAUCAAUUUCCUAAAGGAAGUGAGGAUUGAUGAAUCCAAACUUGCCUGUGCAGCCAUGGCUGUUUAUUGCUGUUUCUUUUUUUUUUUUAACUCAGAUUUUCCAGGCCAAGCAGGAGGAAUUGGAUUGAAUUGAGGGAACAGGGCUGCUUUGUCAAAUCUCUCAUCUGUCUGCUUCUCCUGUUUUUAUGUUGUUCUGGGUUUUGCACUGAGGUGCAUCAAACCUGAAUGGGUGCAGAAAGAUUACGGGAAAACUUCAGACUGUUAUGGUAUCCAGGAGAUACCACAGAGUGCAAGAGAAGAGCAUUUCUCAGGCUUUGUGAAAUGUUUUUGUCCUUCUUCUCAGGUUUAAAUAAUUACCUCUGUGAAGACGGGGGACUCAAUGAUCCUAGAGGUCUUCUCCAACCUAAACAAUUCUGUGAUUCCAAGACAAAUUCUAGGAGCCUGAAAAACCCCAAAGUGCCAAAUAAUUUUGUCUAGAACACUGUCCUGCAUCAAGCAAUGGUGGUGGGGCCCCUGUGCUAAGCCAUGGCCACUCAAACACCCCCUGAAAUGCUUGGGCUUGCAAAUCACCUCAAUCUUCCUUGUGUUUGUGUUUUUGCAGAGCUGACCCUGAACCCACCAGAAGGGAUUGUGGCAGGUCCUAUGAAUGAAGAGAACUUCUUUGAAUGGGAAGCCUUGAUCAUGGGUCCUGAAGACACCUGUUUUGAGUAUGGGGUUUUCCCUGCUAUCCUGAGUUUCCCACUCGAUUACCCGUUGAGUCCUCCGAAGAUGAGGUUCACGUGUGAGAUGUUCCAUCCCAACAUUUACCCAGAUGGGAGAGUGUGCAUCUCUAUCCUUCACGCUCCUGGGGAUGAUCCCAUGGGAUACGAGAGCAGCGCGGAGCGGUGGAGCCCCGUGCAGAGUGUGGAGAAGAUCCUCUUGUCAGUUGUUAGCAUGCUGGCAGAGCCGAAUGAUGAAAGUGGAGCCAAUGUAGACGCCUCCAAGAUGUGGCGGGAAGACAGAGAACAGUUUAACAAAAUUGCCAAGCAGAUUGUGCAGAAGUCACUUGGACUUUAAGCUCACAGAGAGACUGAAGUGUUUUGUAUUUCUCUCCACCUGGAAACGAGCAGUGCUCAGUGCUGGUACCAAAAAGGAAAACUUUGUAAAACCAUUGGCCUAGUUCUUA